AACCAUCCGGGUUGUUGGUUUCAACAGUCGCCAUUUCCAUCUACUAUUGUCACGAGAGAGAGAGAGAGAGAGAGAGAGAGAUGGCGGAGAGUGCCGUGAACUUCUUGAUAAAAUACUUGGGGGCUUUGCUGGUGGAGGAAGCGCAGCCGUUGAAGGUGGUUGAUGGAGAAGUCCGCGAAGUUAGAGAUGAGUUAGAAAGCAUCAGAUCCUUCUUACGGGAUGCCGAUGCAAGACAAGAUGCUGAUCAAGGCCUCAAGACAUGGGUGAAACAAGUAAGAGAAGUCGCUUACGACGUGGAGGAUGUUCUUGACGAAUUCAUGCUUGGCCUAGCACAAGAGCAGAGCGGCUCCCAUGGAUUUGUCGAUUUUCUUCAUAGACCCAUCAAGCGGUUGAAGGCACGCCAUCAGAUUGCAUCGUUGCUACGAGAUAUCAAAAACAGAAUCCGUAAGAUUACGGAGAGAAAAGAUGCUUAUACUCUCAACAAGGAGGAGCAAAUUUCAAGCUCCAACAACAUGAGUGAUGAAUGUUAUGAUCCUCGACUCGAUGCUCUUUUCAUUGAGGAAGCUGAUCUUGUGGGCAUCGACCUUCCAAGGAGCAAAUUGAUUGGAUGGCUAGUUAAUGGAGAUUCGAGACUCUCGACGAUUUCGGUGGUUGGGAUGGGUGGCCUUGGCAAGACUACUCUAGUAAAGAAAGUCUAUGAUAACCAACAGGUGAAGAAAUGUUUUGAAACAUAUGCUUGGAUCACUGUCUCCCAAUCGUUCAAAGCUGAGGAACUGCUUCGAAGCAUGAUAAAACAAUUCUUCGAGGAGAAGAAAGAUCCAUCUCCCCAAGGAUUAGACGCGAUGAAACAGGUCGAGCUCAUCCAAGUUCUAAGGAGCUACUUGCAGAACAAAAGGUAUGUUCUUGUUCUUGAUGAUGUAUGGAGCACACAUGUAUGGAAUUUCAUAAGAAAUGCAUUGCCUGCUAGCAAUUAUAAUAGUAGGGUAAUGAUCACCACACGGAAAGAUGAUGUCGCAUCAUCUUCUUGCGUCGGACUCUCCGAUCACAUCUACAAUCUUCAACCUCUGCCUCCAAGAGAGGCUUGGUCUCUGUUUUGCAAGAAGGCAUUCCAUUCGAACUACGAGAAUUGUUGCCCUCCUGGAUUGAAGAAGCUUUCUCAAAGCUUUGUAGAUAAAUGCCGAGGAUUGCCGCUUGCAAUUGUCGCAUUGGGUAGUCUUCUGUCAAUCAAGGACAAGACAUAUGUUGAGUGGGAGAUGAUUCAUCGAAGCCUUGGAUCAGAGUUUGAAAGCGAUGACAAUCUUAGAAGCAUGUUGAAAAUAUUAUUCCUCAGUUUCAAUGACUUGCCUUACUACCUGAAAUCAUGCUUCUUGUAUUUGAGCAUUUUCCCCGAAGACUAUGCGAUUAAGCGUAUGAAACUAAUUCGGCUAUGGAUAGCUGAAGGUUUUGUAGAAAGAAAUGAAGGCAGGUCAAUGGAAGAGGUUGCUGAAGGUUACCUCAAUGCACUCAUCGCUAGAAAUCUCGUUCAAGUAGCAGAAAGGAAAUCAUAUGGGAAAUUGAUCACUUGUCGCAUCCAUGAUCUCGUGCGGGAGAUCAUUAUUUCAAAAUCCAGGGAAGAGCAUUUCUUUGCAUCUUCUGUUGAGCAGAACAAGAUACUUUGUAAUAGAAUCCGGCGUCUGUCUAUUUACAAAAGCGGCGAGAAAUUUCCAAAAUUAGAUGGUUUCUGCCAUCUUCGCUCUUUGUUCAUUUUUGGGGUGGAUGGACUAUCUAUUGGUUCUGCAAUCACAUGUUUUUCCAGCUUAAAGUUGUUUAAGGUGGUGGAUCUUGAAAAUGUUUCCAUGGAUAGCUUUCCUGAUGCUUUGACUAGUCUGUUCCACUUAAGAUAUUUGAGUCUGGAGAAUACAAAGAUGAAGAAGCUUCCUAACUCACUGGGGAAGCUAAAAAACUUAGAAACAUUGAAUCUUAAGGGCACCUUUGUAUGUGAAUUGCCAAUUGAGAUUCUCAAGCUCCAAAACCUUCGCCACCUUCUGAUUUAUCGGUAUGCUAGAAAGGGGGUCUACUUGCCAUUUAAUGCUGUGGAUGGAAUUAAGGUUCCUACUGGAAUGGGGAGUAUGAGAUCACUACAGAAGUUGGCAUACAUAGAGGUGGAGAGCAGCGUGGUUAGAGAGCUGGGGAAUCUCAUCGAACUGAGGAAGUUGGGCGUUAUCAAAUUAAGAACAGAAGACGGGAAUGAUUUGUGCACUUCCGUCGAGAAAAUGAACCACCUUCAAGCCUUUUCUGCAAGAUCGAUGGAUGCGGAGGAGCUUCUUGACUUGCAUUCUCUGUCAUAUCCUCCACCUACUCUUCAAAGGUUGUGCUUGAGAGGGCGUUUGCUCAAGUUACCUGAAUGGAUUGCCUCACUUGAUAAUCUAGUCUCCGUUCGUUUGAGGUGGUCUAGAUUGAGGGAUGACCCUCUCAAAGGCCUUCAAUCACUACCAAAUUUGGUAGAACUCUUUCUCGAGCGAGCCUACAAUGGAGAAAAGUUAUAUUGCGAGGCAGGAGGAUAUCCAAGACUCAAGGAUUUAAGCCUUCUUGAUUUGAAGGAAUUGAAGAAGGUGAGAAUAGAGAAUGGAGCAAUGUAUUGCCUUGAAAAGCUAAGGAUCAGAGGUUGUGAAGAGUUAGGAGAGGUGCCUUUGGGGCUUGAAAAUCUCACUAACCUCAAAAUGCUCUAUCUGGUGGAUUUGCCAUUUGCUUUUCUGAGGGGGCUAACAAAGGAUGGGUUUAAUGAAUUACUCAAUUCCAUUCAGCACAUUCCACUCAUAAGAUAUAUAGAUACUAAAAAAAGGAGUCAUAGGGACUUUUCAUGA